UGACAAUUCUUGUACUGGAGCUCACAUUCUAGUGUGGGAAAUGGAUAGGAAGUCUCAACUGUCAGAUGGAAAAUUCCAUCUUAUGUUACCUCUCGAGAGGGUGUGGAUGAACCCUGAAGUUCAACAGAAAUGUGACCUUAAAGUGUAACCAGAUGAGGGUAGAGGAAGGCAGGGGCUAAGUAUAACUCAGGCCAGGAUUGGCCUUAAGGAAAGAGAUUGAAGGUCUAGGAGAAAAGCCAGGUACUGGCAGACAGCCUGUCUCAUUCUUGUAUAAGGGGUGGUGCCUGAAUUUGAGGACUAGAGCAAUGAGUUGAUCACUGGGGAACCAGGAAAUCAGCGGCCCAUUCCUAUCUCAAAGAUGAGGGCAGAGUUCAGCUCUUGGGAAAUCAUAAAGUGAGUUCCAAAGUGCAACACCAAAGGAUGAGAGAACCUGGGAGUGGGAGCCCACCGAGAAGAGCCAGAGAAGAGUCUAGGAGGCAGAGAAAUAACUGGUCAUGUCCUUCCUGGCGGCAGGCUCCUUGCAGGUGGCAGUGGAAAAGGCAGAGGGUAGGGUCUGCUUGGAGAAGAAGGGGGACUAUGACACGUCUGGGGCCCGAGUGGCCCUGACCCUUUGUGCCACAGAAGGGCAAGCUGGAGAGGAUAGGAUAAUUGCUGCUCUGGAGGCUAUGUACCAAGUAAUGAGCUGUAAGAGCUACCUUAGGAGAGUUGUCAAGGCCCAGUCUUUCCAGGAAGAAAUGGCUAGUUUCCGGGAGAAUCUGGAUGACCGUGGAAGCAGCAUGAACUGCGCAUUGGUUGCUCUUGUCGCUCACAGUGAACGUCCAGGGUGGCUGCUGGGGCCAGAUGGGAAGGAGGUACAAGAGAAGGAGCUGGUUAGAGAACUGAACCACUGCCAAGCUCUGUGGGGCAAAGCCAAAGUGUUUCUGUUGCUGGACAUCCACAACACAGACUUGGGAUCCAUUGCCUUUCUUUCUACCCUGACAGAUGUCUGCCGGCACUUUCCCCACUGGCACUUGUUGGAGGUGCUAACCCAGGUCAUUGGCAAGGUAACUCAGGAGAUGCCUCCCACAGGGCACAGGUGCCCCAUUUUCCAGAGCUCCCUUCGGGGUGCACUGUACCUUGGGAGACGAAGGUCACAGGGCCUGGAGCUCAGCCCCAUUCCUCAAGGGGUGUAUGACACGUCUGGGGCAAAGGUGGCCCUUGUCUUAUGUGUCACCCGGGACCGCCCUGGGGCUAAACAGGACCUGAAAGCCCUGAAGAGACUGUUCCAGACAUUGGGUUUUAAGAGCAUUUUGAAGAUGAACCCGACUGCCCAGGAUUUCCGAAAGGAAUUGACUCGGUUCCGGGAACUUCUGGAUGCUCGUAGGACCAAUGUGAGCUGUGCCCUGGUAGCCCUCAUGGCCCAUGGGGAACCUCAGGGACGGCUUCUGGGGGCUGAUGGACAGAUGGUGGAAGUGGAAGAGAUGGUGAGCGAGCUGAGCGCUUGUCAGGUCCUGCAGGGGAAGGCCAAAGUUGUUCUGCUGCAGGGGUGCCGUGGGGGUAACAGAGACCCAGGCAUGAGACCUAGAGCUUUGCCCUGGCUGGGGAGUUGGCUACAGCAUUGGCUACAGAGGCCUUCAACCAUCCCCUCUCAUGCAGAUAUCCUUCAGGUUUAUGCUAACCUUCAAGAUGUUUCCUCGAAGGGGUAUUCUCCUAAGAACCCAGACCAAGUGGACAUCCUGAGAGUCUAUUCAGCUGCAGAAGGCUAUGUGGCAUACCGAAAUGAGAAUGGCUCAGACUUCAUCCAGACUCUUGUGCAAGUUAUCAUAGCUAAUCCUGACCAGGACCUUUUGGAACUUCUGACUGAAGUAAACAAGAGGCUGUGUGAGAUGGAGGUGCGUGGUCCAGACUGUGAUGAAAUACGAAAGAUGAGCGUAGAGAUCCAGAGCUCCCUGAGGAAACAAUUGUAUCUAAAGAGCCAACUUUCCAACUGAAGAUGAUUGACUUCAUGCCUGGAGCCAAAGGAUCACUUUUGUAAGAAGGAAGAGAAAGAUCUUUAUUGCACUGGGAAGAUUUCCAGAAAAAUGUAGAUUUAACUUUUAAAAAAUACUUACCUUCUGUCUUAGAAUACAUUCAAAGCAUUGAUUCCAAGGCGAAAAAAGCUAGAAAGGCUAGGGAAUUGGAGUUAAGUGAUUUGCCCAGAGUCAUACAACUAGGAAGUAUUUAAGGACAGAUUUGAAUUCAGGUCUUCCCAACUCCAGAACUGCCACUCUAUCCGCUCUGCUCCUAGGAUAUAAUGUUAAAGAGUGCUAAACUUAAAACAAGGAAGGCUUGAGUUGCGGGCUAGGCUUUUCCAGUUUAGGCAAAUACUCAACCUUUUAAUUCUUACCAUUUUACAACAGUAUGAUGGACGGAAUACUAGUCCUACUUAUCUUACUGGGUUGUUGUGAAAAGUAAUAGAGAUAAUAGAUGGAAUAGAUGUGAAUUUUAAAAUACUAUAAAAAUUAUUAUUAAAAAGUUAUUUUUACUACUGAUAAAUUAUUGUUUAUUUGUAAACUAGUUGGGGUAUAUGAGUCACUAGAUAUAAAUACAGUUGUCUUUUCUACAUCUGGGGGUUAGAGGUGCAGUGCAACACCCCUGCAAUCUGGAAAUUCCAUGUAAAUUUUUUUGACCCUCCCCUCAUACUAUAGAAGGAAUCUGACUUUUUCCUUUUUCUUUUUGAGGUAUCUGUAAUACCUUGUAAAUGUGGGGUUAAGUAUGCA